AUGCCACCCAAACUGCGCACAAGUACCGUCGAAUUUCGAUCGCUCUUGCUUCCACCCGUCCGAGUCUCUCUUUGCACUUUUCAAUCCGUGUUUCGCCCGCCAAGCGCCCCCUCGGCCACUCGUCGGGUCACGCCUACGCCGUCGCUCCUCUCUCCAUGUCGUGCUCUACAUCUCUACAAGACUGCCCGAUCGAAGACAUUGCUCGGACAGCACAAGCUGUUGACAUUCUCUCCGUAUGAGGUUGCAGGACUGAGUCGUUCAACGCACAAGGUGAACCUGGUGAAGAGUGAUCAGAACCAGACUGUGGUCGCUGCAGACCUCUCCCUGCAGGAACUCUACGAUGAGCAUGUGCAGCCUGGGAAGAUGCUCUAUCUCGCACACAACAUAGGCAAGGCCGUGGGCGACAACUUGGAGCGGUUACGGACGGAGGACAAGGCCCAGGAAUAUCGAAAUUACGCCGUUAUGGAGCCAUACUCGUGUAUCAAGCAAGGCUCCAAAGAGAUCACUCUCCGCCCGACCAGGGGGAAGCAAUUAGGCGAGCUCAAGUGCGUCAUGGUACGCUUGAGCAGCCCGUCUGCGUACUUUAAAAUCUGCAUGGACCGCGCCUACCAAUUCAUCGAGGCUGGCUCGCCUGUCGAAUUCCGCAUUCGCCUCCGAGGCAGCACGAACAAGAUGGAGAAGCAGAAAGCUGGGCCUAUAGAGAACUGGCGGUGGAUGCACGAUCACUGGCCACAUCUACGGCCAGACUUCAUCCUCAAGUCCAUGCCCAAGGGGGCUAUGUUUCUGAUUGACCCGGUCACAGAUGGCUACAUUGUACAGUUUGUCAUCUCUUUGGCGGCCAAUGUCAUGCCUACCGUGGACUUGAAUGAACGGCUGUGGAAGGUGAAGAAGGGUGUACAAAAGUCGACAUCCUUGGGCAGGCAGUCUCAGCUGCCUAAAUUCAUGCGACAGCAGCUAGCGGACGAGGGACUGACGGACUAUUCUCCCGACUCUGGAUUGCCCAAGGCGCAGGCAAUGGCGGGGUAUACCAGAGAUAGGAAAGGCGUGGCCGCAUGGUUCUCUGAAGGGGAAGAGUCGUCGUUAGCAAAAGAGGCACUCGAAGGGUACAAGAACCUCGACCCAGCCGACAUACGGGAAAUUCGACGGGCACAUGAGCAGUGGGAGAAAAAUAGGAAGGAGAGCGACGGCAUGCUACCUCCUCUCGAACCUACCAAACGUUACUACACAAAGGCGCCCAAGGGGAGGGGAGAGGAAUCGGCGACACAGACGGAAGAUGAUGAUCAAGGGUUUGGCAAAGGGAAACGCAAGCACAAGCGGCCGCAUUGGGAAUCCCGCGGUAGGUCCAAGUAG